AUGAACGGGAUCUUCGCCAUCGAGAAACCUAGUGGAAUCUCCUCCAACCAAUUUCUUCAGAAGCUGAAGCAUGCACUGACAAAAAGUCAGGUGUUUUCUAAGGACCUACAGAAAGCGAUUGCGGAGAGGGCAAUGCAGUACCAGAAAGAGACGGGACGCAAGCCGAGCAAGCACAAGCUGCGGAAAGUGUCACAGAUUAAAAUGGGGCACGGCGGGACUCUUGACCCUCUAGCAUCGGGGGUGAUGAUCGUUGGAAUUGGCACCGGCACCAAAAAACUGUCAGAAUACUUAUCUGGGACCGUCAAAAUGUAUGAAAGCGAGGCACUAUUCGGGCUGUCGACAACAUCCGGCGAUAUGGAGGGUGAUAUCCUUAAUGAGACAUCUACAGCGCACUUAGAUAUCGAGUCGCUGAAGACGGUCGAGAAGAAGUUCGUUGGUGCGCUCAAACAGACGCCGCCGAUCUACGCUGCGCUGAAGAUGAACGGGAAGCCUCUGCAUGAAUACGCGCGCGAGGGUAUCCCAUUGCCCAAAUCAAUCGAGCCGCGCAAAGUCACGGUGUAUGAGCUCGAAGUAUUCGAUGACUCUCUGUCAACAAACCACAGCUAUCGGCUAUUGAAGCCGCCAUCUGACAGUGUUAAGGCGGCCAUUGAGAAAAUGAACGCCAACAUAGAUAACGACACUCUAUAUUAUUCAGAAGAGUAUUGCGCCAGCCAAGGGCUUGAUAGCCAGGAGGCCAAAAUAGAACCGCCGAUCAAGCUGACUGAGGAGGAACGUGCCGCAAUAAAUGAGCAGGGCGAUAAUUAUAGAGCUCCGUUGCUACACUUCAAGGCAAAGGUGUCAUCUGGCACCUACAUUCGGUCCCUGGUAAGCGAUAUAGGCAAGGCCAUGCGCUCCUCAGCGUACAUGGUGAAACUAAUACGGACGGAACAGCAAAACUGGUCCCUAACGAAAAAUAACGUUUUCAAACUAGAGGAUUUCACGGAUCGUGACGAAGCCCUUUGGGUCCCAGUCCUGGAAAAGGUACUGGAGACUGGUCACGAGGUUAAACUCGAUGAGGAGUUUAAAAGUGCUGAGCAGAAGCUCGCUGACAGCAAGAUGCUUUUAGAGAAAAGUGCAGAGCAGUUUUCAGAGGCACCUGUGGAUGAACCUUCGCAGCAGAGUGAUGUGCCAGAGGAGUGUGCCAAUCCGAAAAAGCGUGACAUCGACUCGAUUGUAUAA